AUGGUGGAAAUAUCUGAAAUAUCUGAAGAAAGUGAAACUGGCACUCAAAAGAAACCAGACAACGUGAAUAAGAAGCCAACUCUAGAUGGAGCACCACAGUUGCCUCCUGGAAUGGCUGAUUUUGCAGGGAAAUCGGCAGAUAAAAUGUUAGAAGAAUUAAGAUCCACACCAUUUUUUAUGGAGAAUUAUGACCAAAAAAAGGAUUUGGGAGACAACUCGCAGCUUGAAGCAUUGAAGGCACUUCAAGCUGAGGAAAAACCUUCGGAUAGGGCUGAUCAUUUAAGAAGCCGAGGUAACGAUUUUUAUAGACAGAAAAAUUAUAAAGAGGCGAUAAAAUGCUACACGGAAGGCAUCAACGUCAAAUGUGGAAUGAAUUAUGUUGAUGCAGCCCUUUAUCUUAACAGAGCAGCUUGCAAUCUGAUGCUUAAAAAUUACAGAAAGUGUAUCGAUGAUUGUGAGGAAUGUCUAAAACUUCAACCAAAAAAUCUCAAAGCAAUCUAUCGUAUUGGAAAUGCUUACUUCAAAAUUGAAAGGUAUGAUCAAGCCGAAAUUGCUUUAAAGACCGCUUUCAGUAUAGAUAAAAAGAGUAAAGCUGUGAGAUCACUUUUGGCAAAAGUUCAAGAUAAAAAACAGAAAAUAAAAAAGGCUAAGGAAGAAAAAGAGAAAAUGUUGUUGGAAAAGAAGGAAAAAGAAGAUAAUGUCAAAAAGGCACUUAAAAUUAGAAACUAUACAAGUAUUAGCACGACACUGCCUGAAGAUGUACCUGAUAGCAGUGAGCUACAUCUUGAAGAUCCAAAGGAUUGUAGAUCACAGCUUAUCAUGCCCGCAGUUAUACUAUAUCCAACCACAAAUGAGUUCGAUUUUGUUGGAGAGGUUAGUGAACUUAGUACACCUUUACAACUUACUGAAAUGUUGAUGGACAGACCAGAAGAAUACUUUAAUGAUGGGAAGCAUCAGAACUUCAGACCUAAAAAGUUAGCCACGUAUCUUGAGUCAAACUCCGGUGGAAUGAUUAAGGUCGGUAAAAAAGUGAUGUUUAGCAAUGCUUUGUCUAGAGCGCCGUUGUUUGAUGGAAUUCUCAGGGUUUAUAUUGUUCCAAAAGUUGAUUCAGAAAAGUGGUUAUCCAGUUGGGAUAAGAAGAAAGCUCUCAGUAGACGAUCCAAUAACUGA